UCGCACACACACCCUCGCUCACGCCGCGCGCGGAGGACCUGGAUGCUCGCGCCGAGUCAGCAGCUUAGCAACGCGCGUGCGUGCGUGCGUGUGUGUGUGCGCGGUGCUGAAGCCUUCCUACAGACAGGCUCCUUCCUUUCCUGCGUCCUUCUCUCCUCCAGCACACCUUUGUGUUGCUCCUCUUCCUCCUCCUCCUCCUCCUCUUCUUCCUCCUCCUCCCGCCUGACUCUCCACUGAGCUCCGUCCUGUGCGUUCAGACUGUGCUCUAGUGGGUGUGAUGCUGCUGAUGCUGUUCAGGCUCCAUGUCUCCUUCCGGGCCCGUUGAAGAAGCCAAGACUGCGAGUGUGCUGGGGGACUUGAACACAACACCCUGAGGAACCUGGAACUCACUUUUUUUGCCUGUUCUCGUCAUCAGCUGGUUGUGUGUGUGUUUGUAGAGGAAAACUAGAACAAUGAGGACCAAGUUGUACCAGCUGCUUGUGCAGAUCUUCCUCUUAGAGGCGUUGCUAUGUUUGGUGGACAGCAAAGGAACCUUCUAUGGAGGCCACGUCAACCCAUUCUAUGGAAGCAGAUACAACCUGUACAAGGGUGGACUCAGCCCUCCCUACUCUCCAAACAAGCCCAUGACCCGCCACAAGAACCACUGCGCUUACGUGGUCCAGAAGAACAUCACAUGCACCAUGCAGGAUGGAGUCGCUACCUACGUGAAGGCCGAGUACACCACCAAGUGCAUCUGGGGCCAGAAGUGUCCCGUUGUCAUGUACCGGACGUUUUACAAACCACAGUACAAGGUGGGCUUUAAGACGGUGACAGAGCUGGAGUGGAGGUGUUGUCCCGGUUUCUCUGGAGAGAACUGCUACGAUGGACCCACAUCGUUGCCCGAUGUCAUGAUGCCACCGUUUAAGGGUGCGGCUCUGCCCCAUCGCCCAGGAUUGAAGGGGUUCCCUCACGGGCCCAGACCCCCUGUGGAGCAAAGACCUGGAGGAGGCCAGCUGGAGCCGGGCAGACCCGUGCCCGGUGUACCAACAGGUCAACUGCCUGCGGGAGGUGGAAAGCCAAGCAACGAAAACAAAAUCUCCGGUGUGACGGGCGAGCGCUUGGAUCGUAUCGAGGUGGAGAUCCGGCGCCUCGUUCUGGGUCUGGGCACCCUGAACGGCGUGGUGGCCGGCCUGGAGCAAAGGCUGCGCACCUCCCUGCGGGAGGACGCCAACCGGAUGCUGGUGUCCCUGCUCCCCGGUGGGCCCCGGGCACCCGACGCCACCGUGGGGUUCGGGGUGAUGCCGGAUGGGACUCCUGGCGGACUGGACGGUGGAGAGAGCGUCGCUGGAUUUGGAGACUUGGCAGGAAGAGUGACGGAAGUGAGGGACGAGCUGCGAGCAAAGACUCACAUCUUGGAGGAGAUUCAGGGAAUGGUCCUGGGUCACGACGGCCAGCUGAAGCGGCUGAUAGAGGCCAACGGCGAGCCCGUCCCCGGCCCCGCCUCCACCGCUCAUCUGGACGAAAUCGUAGACGCCAAGCUGGCUGUGGUGCGGACGGAGAUCCUGGACGGCUUCGAGCGGCGCCUGACCGGGAUGGAGAACCACUGCGACGAGAAGAUCGGGGAGGUGCAGAAGCAGUGCCACAAGGACAACAUGGACGGCCAGGAGCUGAUGCAGCAGUCUCUGGACGGAAGGGAGACGGGCAUCAGGGAGGAGCUGGGAUCGCUGCAGGCUCAGAUCCAGGGACUGACUGUGACUGAGAGCUGCUGUGGACAGGUGAACAGCCUGUCCCAGCAGAUGCUGCAGCUUGAGGAAUCAGUGAAAAGUGUGACAGAGUCUCAGCGACAGCUCGGGAUCGUCUUCAGGGAGCAGAACUUCCACGUGGAGACGCUGAUCGAAACCCGCCUGGCAGAUCUUGAGGAACGCCUUAUCGCCACCGAGGGCCAGUGUGAUCGAGUGGGGGAGCUCCCCGGGGGCCUGGACGGCUUCAAGACGCUGCUGGAGGACAAGCUGAAGACCCUGGAGGAGAGAGUGUUCGUGGCUGUGGAGGAGCUGAGCAACGCCACGGCGCCUGCUCUGCUGGAGGGUCAGGUGGUUCCUGCGCUGGAGACGGAGAUCGAGUCUCUGAGGAGGAGAGUGGAUGGAGACCUGGAUGACAUACACAAGCAGAUAAUAGACCUGGAGCUCCUCUGCACGUCCUCCUGCUCGCCGGCCACGCCCCCCGCCGGCGGCGUCGGCGUGGAGGAGGACUGUGACGGGCUGGAGAAGAAGAUGACCGACGGCCUGAACUCCCACUCCAAGCAGCUGGACAGCAUCAACAGCACCCUGCACAACCUGCUCCUGCGGCUCGCCCAGGAGGAGACGGGGGGCGCCGUCCACGGGGAGAUCACCCUGCUCAAAGUCAACAUCAACUCUGUGAACCGCACCCUCAAGGGCCUCAGGGACUCCGUUAGCUUCAUCGCCAGCGAGGUGGGCCACGCCAACGCCAGCUGGGAGGAGCGGGAGCACCAGCUCAUCAACCAGGUGCAGGGCAUCACCAAGCUGGUGGGCCACCAGGCCUCCCUGCUGGGGGCCGGGGAGAGGCGGCUGGCCCAGCUGAAGGGGGAGCUGGUGGCCUUGAAGCGGCGGCUGUCCGGGGAGCUGCAGGGCUGCAGGAGCACGGCCAUGGAGGUGCAGCGCGAGGUGAAGGACGUGGACAGCAGGGUCAGCCAGGUGGAGGGACAGUGCGGCAGCCUGGGGGAGCUGGCGGAGCAGCUGGAGCGCAUCAGAGCCGAGCUGGAGAGGCACUCGGACUCGUAUCUGGCCCAGGUGAACGGAACCCUGGCCGACCAGUCGGAGCAGCUAGCGGAGCUGAGAGGGACGGUCAAAGACUGCACGUCCAGGGAGGCGGCGACGCCAGCGGGAGCACAAGAGAACAGGCCCCAACACUGAGCUCAGAUCACGCCCUCAGCUUCAAAGCCCACAUGCGCACACGCAGGUGAACGGAACCGGUGACGUGCGCUCAUGAGCUCCUGACCCCAGAUCAGACCAGUAGUGAAGCGAGGAGAAGCAGAACAGAACCCCCCCCCCCCGAGCGGACGAGCGGCGUUCUGGUCCAAAGGGCAUUUGUUUCAUCUCUGACCAUGAAUGUUUUAUUCUCACGUUUGACCUUUUUAACUUAUCUGAAGUGACUGCGUUGUUAAGCUGAUAUCUGUUUGAGUCCAUACAUCAUAACAAAACAAGGCGAAGGACGUCGGACUAAUAUGCUGCUACGGGUUUCAAGCACACUCACCAUCCUCUGUGUGGACACUUGUCUCUCUCAGAAUACUGUACAUCAACUUGGUGCUAAUGACGUUUUUGUAAACUCCUGUUUUCCACGUGUUUUAAAUGCAUAUGUCUUUCUACAUUAA